ACGACCAUCAUUCGGCCGUGUGUUUUUGUGUGUAAACUACAUGUACGCAAAGAUGGCCUCCUGCAGACUGACGACGUAGAUGCCCUCUAAAAACUUAGCAAUUGUUGUCAAAUUCCUCUGACCAUGUCGUGGGUCGGCGUGUUCAGACAGUGUGCUGUUUUGCUGGUUUUCCCGUGCCUUGUUCUAGGGAAUGUUGGCAGAAAAUGUGCAUACAAUGACAACGGCCAUCGCGAGAAGAACGGCACGUGUGUGUUGGAAAACCCCGAGGGGAUAUGUAUUGCCAUGAAGAUUCGGGAUGAAAACCAGAAAGAGAUGACGUUACUUCUUUGUGAAGACAACCCCAAGGGUCCACCAGAGCGGCGCUUCGGUUGCCUGAACCCGCAGCCGAACACCUACUACAUGUCCAUGUGUUGCUCGGACACCGAUUACUGCAAUAGGGAGUUGAUUAAAGAUAUGAAACUCUUGCCUCUCCCAACAGAAGAGCCUAAGAUUGAACGCUGUUCGAUGAAGCCGCUGUAUGGCGAUUGUGACAGUCAAGUGAACGUCUGGUUUUAUAACAUGACGGUAGAUCAAUGCCAGCCGUAUAUCUACAGCGGAUGUGGUGGUACUGAUAACAUAUUCUAUGACGAAGACUUUUGCACAAGAUCCUGCAAGGGUUUCAACUCUCCACCUAGCCAGAAAAUAUCAAUGGUCAACUUGGCUCUGGCCAUUGCCAUCCCCAUCACCAUCUUCUGCCUGGCGGCGUUGUUCCUGAUGACCGUCCGCUGGUACCUGUGGCAGAGGUCGACGACCCACGGUCGGUCACAUAACGACCUGCCGCUCAUCUGCGGCCAUCACAGCCCGGGCAUUCCUGUAGGAUGGACGUUGAGUGACAUCCACAACACUGCAACCUCCAGCUCCGGUUCAGGUUUACCGCUGCUCGUUCAGCGCACCAUCGCCAGACAGAUCACGCUGAUUGAGUGCAUCGGUAAAGGCCGCUACGGGGAAGUCUACAAGGGACGAUGGAGAGGAGAAUAUGUCGCCGUCAAAAUCUUUUCCUCCAGGGAGGAACGAUCUUGGUUCCGGGAGGCGGAGAUCUAUCAAACGGUUAUGCUGCGCCAUGAGAACAUUCUAGGCUUCAUUGCUGCUGACAAUAAAGAUAGUGGUAUGGUAACCCAGCUUCUGUUGGUAACAGACCACAUGGAGAAUGGCUCCCUGUUUGAUUACCUGAACAUGACCACAGUGGAUACGGCUGGCAUGAUCCGACUUGCGUACUCCACAGCCAACGGACUGGCACACCUUCAUGUAGAAAUUGUCGGAAUGCAAGGAAAGCCUGCCAUUGCUCACCGAGAUCUUAAGACCAAGAACAUCUUGGUCAAGCGAAACGGCCAGUGUGCCAUUGCCGACCUCGGCCUCGCCGUGCGCCACGACUCGGAGAAAGACACCGUGGACAUAGCGCCCAAUAACCGCAUCGGUACUAAACGAUACCUACCUCCAGAGGUCCUGGACGACACCAUCAACGUCAAUCAUUUCGAAGCGUUCAAGCGAGCUGAUGUGUACUCUCUGGGAUUAGUAUUUUGGGAAAUCGCCAGGAGGUGUUCAAUCGGAGGAAUCUAUGAAGAAUACAGGUUACCAUACUACGAUAUGGUUCCAUCGGACCCGUCCAUUGAGGACAUGAGGAAGGUGGUCGUUGGUGACCGGCAGAGACCCACCAUACCGAACAGAUGGAACAAUGUUGAGCCCCUGCGUGUCUUGGCUAAGGUAAUGAAGGAGUGCUGGUAUCACAGCGCUGCAGCCCGUCUGACAGCACUCCGCAUCAAGAAGACCCUGGACAACCUACGAGUAGCUGAAGACGUCAAACUCUAAAGACCCUACCACGGAGAUCAAAGCCAUGAACGUCAUCCUCAUGGAGUGUUGAGAUGUGACGCAAGUCGGAGACAACGGUCAAAAGGUCACUCGCGGCGUCAAGAAAAUCACUGAUCUGUUUCUCGUUGCCCGUGACUUCGGCUGGAUGUAAUUAAUGAUGGAUAGUGUCUGUUUGAAAAUGUAAACCAAACAAAAACAGACGCUCAACUUCCAAGGAAAAUGGACCUAGACAAAACCAACCUAACUCAAGGAGCUUUAUUUUAUAGCUUGUGCUAUUGGAGUGUACUAUAUAGUUGGCUGUGUUUCCUGUAAAUACUCCCCUACCCCCGUUCAUAAAUAAUGUGAACACAGCACUCGUUGGAAGCGCUUGCUGUUUGAGAGGAUUUGUGCAUUUGAAGUUGGCUUCUUUGGGAAUGCUCGGUUUGAUAUCGUCAGAUGAUUUUUUUUCUUCUUUUUUAUUUUUAAUUUUUUUUUUUUCCCUGACUAAAAAAAAGAAAGAAGAAGCUUGAGCAGAGGUGUUUUUUUAACAGAGUGAGCUGUAACAUUUUGAUCUUCUUUUUCAGUCUUGUUCAAAUAGAUUAUUCAGGCCUAAAAAAACCCAAAUAUUAACGAUUCUGUACCAUGCUGGAAAGAAAGAGAGUUGGUGGGUAGGGAAAACAGAUCUUUUAGGGAAAACGUUUACAUGUGCUAAAAAUAAAAUUGAUUAACCAUGCAUAAAGAAGUUCACCUAUCUGCUGUUGUGUGGUCAUUUUACUUAACUUAUGGGAUGGGAUAUCAAAGGUGUCAGGGUACACCAAGUUCUAUUGUUGAGGGUGUCGGUUGCUGCACAGAAGGUACAUAGUCAUGAUUGGCAACGUUCAUUUUGUUAAAGUAGUCGCAACACUAGUUACUGGAGAGUAGGAGAAAUAUCUGUACCACACAAACAUCUCGCUCAAAAUAAACUGUCUUGAUCCAGAUUGCCCUGUGACAGUCUCUGGGCCUGCCUCAGAGCCAGCCGAUAUUGCGCUCUUACUGGUGACUAAAUACCACCACAGGCAUGUUUGCUUCAUUUUUGAAAGGGCAAGUGCACCAAGGAGUUUGUUCCCUUGUCAAAAGGGCACCCUAUGAGGAAAUUGUAAAUUUAUACUGGAUUGUUCAAGGGCCCCCAAAGGCAAGGACCAGGGGGCAUGGAGGCAAUUGCCUUUGUUGCCUCUGUGAAGGAUCAGGCCUGCUAAUACAAAGAAAAUACAAAAAAAAAAAGCGUCGUCAAUACAAAUAUUGAAAACCAAAGUUUGUUUUUACUCUGCAAUAGGAUGUUUGGGGUUACAUGCACAUCCAGGAUGUCACCUUAGUACACAGAGGUGAAAGUCCAACCUUGUCUACCCACAACCGAGAUUAUUUCUUGAUAAAUUGUUGAUAACUCUGUUGACAUAGUGAAUGAAUUACUAUUGUACAAUUGUAAUGUGUUAAUCAUGUUAAUGAGUAAAUUGUAGAUAAGUUAACAUUAUUUCUAAAAGGGUGCAUACUCAAGGCAGUUUGCCAAUAAUUUAUUUCAUAUACCACACACAUAGGUUCUUUUAAUAGCACGUAUCAUGUGUCCUCCAUUAUUUUGUCAUGCACUGCCAGGAUACUCAUGGGAGACUUUGGAACGCUAGGUGGCAGCAGACUUACCAUGUAAAUUGUCAUUGUUUCUUUUCUGAUCAUCUGCACAUAACCAAUAUCAAUGGAUUUAUCUGGUCAGUCUGCUGCCAGCUACAUGUACAUACGUAGCGUCCCAAAAGUCCCCCAAAAAGGAAACAUCAGAGUCAAAUUUUGAUAAUUAUUUGCACUUCACAGCGUCGUUCCAAAAAGAUUUGUCCUAAAACGAUCCCAAAUGAAAGCUUAUUUUUGUUGUUCUGAUUUGAAGGUUCUCUACCCAGUUUGGGUAUCAUUAUGCCCAAUUGGGGUAUCAUUACUCCCAAUUGGGGUAUCACUACGCCCAAUUGGGGUAUCAUUACACCCAAUUGUGGUAUUAGGCCUUCACGCCCAAAUUGGAAACACAUUGGACGUGAUCCACCCCAAAUCACUCCCUAACCUUUGUCGGGGGUUACAGGGUUCGGGUACUUUUUGUAUAACACAAAACACAAAACACAGACCUCCACAGAUUUACAAUAAACUUAAACGAUUUAAUGA